AUGGCCACAUCACUACCCCCCAAGAAGUGCGGCGUCCUCGGCGCCACCGGCUCCGUCGGCCAGCGCUUCAUCCUGCUCCUCGCGCGCCACCCCUCACUGGUGCUGCACGCCGUGGGCGCGUCCUCGCGCUCCGCCGGCAAGCCCUACCGGGACGCAGUCCGCUGGAAGCAAGCCUCGCCGAUGAGCGCGGCCACCGGUGACAUGGUGGUUCGCGAGUGCCGGGCCUCCGAGUUUGCCGACUGCGACGUCGUCUUUUCCGGCCUCGACUCUGACGUGGCCGGCGACAUUGAGAUGCAAUUCCUCAAGGCCGAGAUCCCCGUCUUCUCCAACGCCAAAAACUACCGCCGCGACCCGCUCGUGCCGCUCGUCGUGCCGACCGUCAACCUGCCGCACCUCGACCUGAUCCCGCACCAGCGCGCCACGCACAACCUCCAGCGCGGCUUCCUCGUGUGCAACUCCAACUGCGCCGUCAUCGGGCUCGUCAUCCCCUUCGCCGCGCUGCAGGCCGCGUUCGGCCCCAUCGCCACCGUCAGCAUCGUCACCAUGCAGGCCGUCUCCGGCGCCGGCUACCCGGGCGUCUCCUCCAUGGACGUGCUCGACAACGUCGUGCCCUACAUCGCCGGCGAGGAGGACAAGCUUGAGUCCGAGGCCCGCAAGAUCCUCGGCGGCCUAGACGAUGCCAAGACGGCGUUCGUCGAGCAGCAGGGGCUGCGCGUGUCGGCCGCGUGCAACCGCGUGCCCGUGCUCGACGGCCACACGGCGUGCGUCAGCUUGGCGUUUGAGAGGCGCCCGGCACCGUCGGCGGAGCAGGUGAAGGAGGCGCUGCGCGGGUACAGGUGCGAGGCGCAGGCGCUCGGGUGCCCAUCGGCACCGGAGCCGCCGAUCGUCGUGUUCGACGAGGCGGACCGCCCGCAGCCCCGGCUGGACAGGGACCUCGGCAACGGGUACUCGGUCAGCGUCGGCCGCGUGCGCGAGGACGAGAGCGGCCUCUUUGACAUCAAGUUCGUCGCGCUGAGCCACAACACCGUCAUUGGAGCUGCUGGCUCGUCCAUCCUGAAUGCCGAGGCCGCCAUCCUCAAGGGCUAUAUUUAA